ACGAUAGACUGUGGACGGCCCUAUAACGGGAACUAUGUAGCUGCGGAACCCGUAUAAAAGCUCAACGGCAGCGCGAAAGUAGCAUCAUUCGCUAACCGGGAACAGCUCGACGCGCACAGGUGCUCGAGCAUAUCAUCCACUUAAGUCAAGAGAGAGAAGGAGAUUCAGAGAAAGCCGACAUGAAGGUCUUCAUUUGUCUACUAGCCACGUUUGCCGUCUGUAACGCCACAUUUUUGUCAUUCCUGGGCGGUGGCGGAGGAGGUGGCGGUGGUGGAGGAACUAAGACCACCUACAAUGUCAUAGCGACGCCAAGCACUGGAGCUGCUCACGGAAACGGGCAUGCCUAUGCACAUGGUGGAGGCGGCGGCGGCGGCGGCGGCCAUGGACAUGGCUAUUCAUAUGUUGGGGGCAGCGGCGUCGGCGGUGGGUCCACCCAACUGAUCAAGGUCAUUCUGGAAAAUGGCAACGGCUAUGGAAAUGGAGGCGGCGCUGUUGGCGGUCAAGGCUAUGGACAUGGCUACGCCAGCGCACACAAUCAGGGUUCCUAUGGCGAGCAGGUGUACAAGGUGAUUGAGCACGCGGCACCUGUUGCCCCGGUAGCUUAUCACGCCAACAGCGGCGGCAGCAGUUAUGGCCAAUCCUAUGCAGCCGGCCAUAGCUAUAGUGGCGGCAGUGCCUCCUAUAAUAGCCAGCAGCUGAAUUCGAUUCUGCCACAGAUCAUUCAGCUCGUGCUGCAAGAGGAUGCACUCUAUGGAAGCGGCGGCGGCAGCGGCGGCUAUGGCAAUGUGGAUGCCAUCAACAGCCAGCUGAUCGACACCUUCGGGCACAGAGGAAAGGCCAUUAUCAUGCGCGCUGAUCAAGCGCAGGGCGCCUUCUUCAAGAGCGGGCAUGUUGUGCAGCGCGGCACGCUCAAGGUGAUGCGYGUCCAAGAGCAACAGCAGCAGCAGCAGCCGCAGCAGCAUUAUGGAGCUGGCGGCUACCCCAGUGGCGGUGGCGGCGGCUGGAGCAACGGAGGUGCCUCACUAAGUGGCAGCAUCGGCGGUGGUGGCUGGAGCAGCGCUCCACCCUCCGGCUGGUAGACACUGCACUCAUCUCACUUAGU